UCAUUGGGCUCCAUUCCCAUUUUCUCUUUCUCUCUCUACUCCUUCAUAUAUCGUCCCUACUUUUUCUCUCUCAAAAAUCUCUCUUUCUUUCUCACUUCUUCUCAGCUUUUGCAUCUGCUUUCUUUGACUUGCCGAAGGUGUUUUCUUCACCAAAUCGAAGCCGCAGAUUCCAAAUCCCACCAUUUUUCCCCUUUCGAAGUUGCAUGAGCUGGUAAUUUUCCAACUCUAGUUUGCAUCUUCUUCUUCUUGUGUUAAAUUUGCUUUGUAAGAACGGAGAAAUUUUCUUGGCGAUUUUUCAUUUCCGGGAUUUUGGAUUUCGUAGAUAAUACAAGCAUCUGAGUACUGAUAUAAGAUUCAAAUCAUAAGCAUGGGUUGUUUCACAGUUUUAAAGAGCAAGAAAAAAAGGUAUGAACAGCCUGUUUACAUCAAACCUAUCAACCUUACAGAGCAAGCGCCGGCUAUAUUGCCCGAACCCAAAAUCCAAGCCCGAUCACUACAGUCUGCGCCCCCUAGUUUUAGGAACAGAGUAAAACCAAUUCACCCAGUUAGUAGAGUCUCCAAUAGUAGAACUCGGGCAUUAUCUGCUCCAUCAACACUUGAUGCAGCAGAACAGGAUGCUCUUGCUGCAAUGGAGUAUGAAGAAGCUGAAGAAUACAAGUACAGAAUGGGAUCCACAAAAGAACAACGCUCCCCGAGUCCUCAACCUCUUCCGCUCCCAUCACCACAGGCUGCUGCUGCUCCUGCUGCGCUGAGAAGCAUUGGAAGCUUAAGCUUUAAGUCAAUGACUGCUAGUGGGCCAUUGCCACUACCUCCAACGGGAACACUUAGGAAUUUUCCUUAUGAAGAAAUAUUAUCUGCUUGCCAUAACUUCUCUUCUGAUCGAUGCAUGUCUGAGGGUCUUUCUUCGGUCAUAUAUAAGGCUUCAUUUGGAGAUGAUGCUUCAAGUUCAAAAAGAUUUGAAGCUACGGUUACUCGCCUUCACCCUUCUCCUCAGGGUAUGAAGGAGUUCAUAAAUGAGGUGAAUACUCUUUCAUCUUUGCAACAUCCAAACCUCUGUAAAUUGCUUGGUUUUCACGCACGUGAGGGUUCAGAGCAAAGAAUGCUAGUCUAUGAGAGGCUUUUUCAUGGUAGCUUGGACCGGCUACUCUAUGGGAGAUCAGAUGGGCCCCCUAUUGAUUGGAACACAAGAAUGAAGAUUGCUUUAUGUGCUGCACAAGGCCUUACUUUCUUGCACGAAGAAGGGCCUUUCCAGGCGAUGUACAAUGAAUUUUCAACUGCCAGCAUACAGAUUGACAAAGAUUUUAGUGCAAAGCUGUCUGGAUAUGGUUGUGUAGGCCAUAUUCCCGAGACUGAGAUUUCUACUAAUUCAGUUGCUGUAGCAAAUCUGUCUGUUGAGACAUUAGAGAAAGGAAUGCUCACUCCCAAGAGCAAUGUUUGGUGUUUUGGAAUUGUUCUUCUGGAACUACUCACUGGGCGGAGGAAUCAUGAUAGUCGUCACCCGAAGGAGGAAAGAAAUUUAGUGAAGUGGAGCCGGCCUUUCCUAGCUGACGACCAUCGUUUGUCGUUGAUCAUGGAUUCUCAGCUAAAAGGCCGCUUCCCAGCCAAAGCAGCCAGAACAGUAGCAGACAUUGCACAAAGAUGCCUUCAGAAAGAUCCAUCAGAAAGACCCACUAUGAGAACUGUUGUGGAGCAUCUCAAACUAAUACAAGACCUCAAGUACUCUUAUCGAUUCCCCUUGCAAGAGCCAGCAACGAUUGCUGGAAAACAAAUGUCCAAAUCGCCAAGUCUAAACGGAAUCAUUACACCAGCGCCUAGAUUAAGUUUCUCCCCAUCACCACCAUCUCGAGCCAGGCCAUCUGUUUCGCCCACAAGGCGACUGAUCUUGCCCUCUUCGCUUCCACCGCGUGCUUGUUCCUCAACCAUCUCGUUAGAGGAGCUGGAUCGACAGGAAAGUAGGAAAUCAUCAUCGUCGACUGUCAGGAGGACCAGUGUUGAGGGAUUUUGAUUGUGUAUAAAAAGUGCAUUUUUUAUUUUAUUUUAUUUUUUUGGUGUUCUUUGUGAUUCAACACAAUAUAUAGAAAGAUAAGAAGAAAUGUGGUGCUUCCACAUUCGAAUUCAUCCCUCUAGAAGAUGAAACAGAGAGAGAGAGAGAUGAUGUUGUUUUGUAGAUAGAGUUUGAGCCUUUGCUAUGGUCACCACCACAGGUUCAUCAAAUUAGCUUUUCUCCAAUCCUCCAUAAUGACAAUUCAUAUUUCAUACAUACAGGAAAGAAAGAAGGAAAGAAAUUUCAAUCUUUUA